AAGCUCAGUGUGGAAGACGAGAACAGAUUCUAAAGUUUUCAGUCAUGCAGCACCAACUCUGAGUGAUUGUUCAGAGUCAGAAAUGGAGAAGGAGACUCCCACAUGUCCCAAAUUAGGGGAAGUAUCAGAAGGGAAAGGAGUAGCCCCUCAUGUUCUCCAGGCUGGGAGUAUCAGGGAAAUCCUGCAAAAGAGAACAGGACAUCCAAUGAAUUUUGCAGGGGAGGGAUUCGUUUCUCUUGAGGAGUGGGAAGUCCAGUGGCAGGAGUUCCUCAGAACGCUGGAGUCCUCUCACUCUCCAUGGGGAAUCUCCCCCUUACCAGAGAAACCUUCACCCUGGAAUGAUGCCAAGACUUUUUUGGCUUCCUUUGAGCAAGUGGCCGAAGCCUGUCAGUGGCCCCAGGAAGAGUGGGCGACCCGACUCCUGCCGGCCCUCAGUGGAGUAGCUGAGCAGGCCUAUAACUGUCUGGAUGCCAGAGACAGAGAGGAUUAUGGGAAGGUGAAGGCAGCCAUCUUGCGAACAGAAGCCCUGAGUCAGGAGAAGCAGCGUCAGCAGUUCAGGCAUUUCUGCUACCAGGAGGCUGAGGGGCCCCGGGGGGCUUACAGCCAACUGCGGGAAAUGUGUCAUGGGUGGCUGAGAGCGGAGAAACACAGCAAGGAGCAGAUCCUGGAGCUCUUGAUCCUGGAGCAACUGCUGAGCAUCCUGCCCCCGGAGAUCCAGAGCCGGGUGAGGGAGAGUGGUCCUGAGAGCUGUUCCCAGGCAGUGGCCCUGGCUGAGGAGUUCUUGAGGCAGGAGAAGCAGGUGCCCUGGGAGGAGGAGGCUGGGAGCACCUCUGAGGCAGGCCAGACUCCAUCUGAGAGGCAACUUUUGAUGGCUAUUGAGGGAGAGGAGAUUGGAGAGGCCAGCCCACUGGUGGGAAGUAAAGUUGAAACUGCCAAGGGAUUCCAGGUGCCAUCAUCAAAUAAUUCUAAGAAGGAAGAGGCUGCAGAAGACUUCAAGCAUCUAGAAGAAACCGAGAGGAAGGAGGGAAGCAGCAGGGUUGAGAGGAGGGAUAAACCCCUUCUCUGCCAGGGAGGGGACACUCAUAAAAUCCCAGUCCAAGAAAAAAGGCCAACCAAAAAACAAAAGAACAAAGGCCUCAGUGCUAACCAGAGAAUCUGCCUCAGGAAAAACAAAAACGAAAGUAUGGCUUUCGAAAGGACCUUCAUUCAGAAGAUGAAUGUUGUUUCCCAGGAACAAAUUUGCAUGGGGGAGAAACCAUGUAAUUGCUUGGACUGUAGAAAGAGCUUCAGUUGCCUAACAACCCUUCCUUCCUAUCGAAGAAGUAACUUGGGGGAAGAUCAGGAGAAUGAGAAAUACGAGGGACUGCAUCAGUUAUCACCAGAUAAAGCCAUGCCUGAAGAGUUGAAGGGAAACUCCAGGAAUCAAGAUGAACCAAAGAGGCAGGAGGGAUGCAACAUGGUUGAUGAGAGGGAGGAGGAGGGGAUUUCCAUGGAUUUCUGUGACAUCCUUCACAUAGUGGAGGAAACGUACAAGUGCUUGGAGUGUGGCAUGAACUUUUCAGAUCAAACUCAAUAUAAUAUUCAUUUGCAAGUGCACAGUGAAAUGAAGACCCAUCAAUGCUUGGUGUGUGGAAGGAGCUUCCUUUGCAGAGCAGAGCUCCUUAGGCAUCACCGAAUCCACACAGGAGAGAAACCUUACAGCUGCUCAGAAUGUGGUAAGAGCUAUUCACAGAAAACGAACCUUAUUCAACACCAAAGAAUUCAUUCAGGAGAGAAGCCAUAUAAAUGCUUAGAGUGUGGGAAGUGUUUCGGUUGGUAUAGCGAACUUCAGCGUCAUCAAAGAAUCCAUACAGGAGAAACCUUUCCAGUGCUCAGUGUGUGGAAAGAGAUUCAGUCGUACUUGUCAUCUUCAACAGCAUCUGAGAACCCACACGGAAGAGAAACCUUUUGAAUGUUCCGAGUGCGGAAUGAGCUUCAGCUGGAAUGGCAACCUUCAGCGACAUCAAAGAACCCACACAGGGGAGAAACCUUUUGGAUGCUCAGAGUGUGGAAAGAGGUUCAUUCAAAAAUCUAGCCUUCAACAACAUCAAAGAAUCCACAUGAAGAGAAACCACAUAGAUGUUCAGCCUAUUAUUAGCGCUUCUCUCCUAUUUCAUGCCUUAAAGACAACUACAGAGUCUCCACAGGUUGAAAAUAUAUGAAGUCUUGGAAAGAUCUUGCAUCUGUACAGAAAGGUUAUCAUAACUGUAGAAGACAAAAAAA